AUGUUCCUUCCUUCAUUGAUCUUGGCUGCUGGCAGCCUGUCGACUCUCGUCGCAGCAAUUCCUCAUGGUUCGCAGUCUCACCACAACUUGCACCGUCGCGCCUCUGGCGCGUAUGCUGUCAUGGGUGGUAACGGCGAUGCCUCGGAUGGAUGGCCUUCUGUGGAGCAAUGGAAGACGUUUGAUGAACUCUGGCAGCUCAACCAGAUCCUGAUAGGCGCAGCAUGUGACAACACCGAGGCAGAAACCAAUGAUAUCAAGCUGGCCAUUCAGAAAGUCGCCGCAUCAUCCAGCGUUGACGUUGACGAACGAUUUAUCCUUGCCAUUAUUAUGCAAGAAAGCAAGGGUUGUGUUCGCGUUCAAUCCACCAACAACGGUGUCCAGAACACCGGUCUCAUGCAAAGCCACGACGGAGCCGGUUCCUGCAACAAGAACGGCGUCAUGACCACCCCUUGUCCGCAGGAUGAGAUCACACUCAUGAUCCAGGACGGUACCGCAGGAACCUCAGCAGGUGACGGUCUUCAGCAGUGCUUCGCAGCCCAGUCCGGCGAGACGGCUGCCAGGUACUACAAAGCCGCUCGUACUUACAAUUCCGGUUCCAUCGCCUCCUCCGGUAACCUCGGCCAGGGUAUUGCUACCCACUGCUACGCCUCUGAUAUCGCCAACCGUCUUAGUGGCUGGGCUGGCGAUGUGACUGAGUGCGUUGAGAGCACCAUCGGUUCUGUCACCAGCGGCCUCGAGUCCGUCCUUCUUGGCGAGAACUCCGGCGACGUUUCUACCUCCAGCUCCAGCUCUUCUUCCGCUGCCGCGCAGCCCACUGAGACCGCUGAGCCCGAGACUUCCGCCGCCCCCGCUGAGACCGUCCAGCCUUCUUCGACUGCCCAGCCCGCUGAGCCCUCCGCUGCUCCCACCGAGUCCAUCUCUGUGGCUGCCGUCCCCACCCAGACCCCCCAGGUGAACGUCGUCACACAGUCCUACACUCCCACCCCUGCUUGGACCACCAAGUCGAUCCCUGCAUCCACUGUUGCAGCAUCUAGCUCAUCCUCAUCGGCCCCCAUCUACCCCCAGGCCAACUCAUCCUGCCAACAGUACUACACCGUCUCCACUGGUGAUUUCUGCAAGAAGGUCACCGAGUCUGUUGGAAUCUCAUUCUCUGAUCUCCGCAGCUUGAACACUGGUCUUGACAAGACCUGCUCGAAUUUGUGGCUCGGAUACCAGUACUGUGUCAAGGCUUAA